ACCCCCCCCCCCAGAAAAAAAAAAUCCUUUUAAAACAGAGUACUGUCUUAUUCUUAUAACUAUGGUCAAAUGUUGAAUUUUACCUCCUAGGAAUGUAUUUCCCACAGGAAUGAGUUCUGCAGUCAGUUUCUUAAAUGAUCUGUCUUGAAUUCACUUUUGCCUCUUUUAGCUCCGUUCAGUUUUUUAUUUUAUUUGCCAAUUUGAUACCUCUCCCUUUUCCAUCCCCCACCCAUCAUCCCACCACCCCUAUUCAAAAAAGAAUAGAUCAGAACUAUCUGAAGUAUUUCCUGAGACAAAAAUUUUCUUCUCUUCAGAUCUCUAAGUAGAACAAUUAUGAAGAGGGCGUGACAACCUUUAUUUUAUUUUUUCUUAAACUCUGACUUCCUUGUUUCUAUUGAACCAAAGCUGGAAGCACAGGAAGACUAGAAAACUUUUACUCCUUGGAACUUCAAAUUCCUUUUUUUCCCCUCCCAACAUUUUCUUCUUUGCUCUCACUCUUUCCACCAAGUUGAGGAAUCCACUGGAUUAGAUAUUUUGAGCUCCCUUUUAUACCUUGUGAUCUCAUGAAAUCUUUAUAUCUGCUACGUAAGUAUAUAAUAUUAUUACUGUUAUUAUGCAGAGUAUCCCCACCACACCCUCUCAUUGCUAUAAGGAUACCCAUAAGACCUGGUUGGAGCUCAUCUCUUCAGAAAUGAAUUGAAGAGGGAGGCUUGGAAGCUACUUUCCCCCAACUAAUGAAGAAGAAACAGACCCUGUGACUUCCAGUCUUUGGUAUCCAGAACUCAGAAUUUAAUCUUUUCAUUCCAGGCAUGGAAGAGGAGGUGGUUUGUACUCCGAAGUGGCCGUUUAACGGGAGAUCCAGAUGUAUUGGAAUACUACAAAAAUGAUCAUGCCAAAAAGCCCAUCCGCAUUAUUGACUUAAACUUAUGUCAACAAGUAGAUGCUGGAUUGACAUUUAACAAAAAGGAGUUUGAAAACAGCUACAUUUUUGAUAUCAACACAAUCGAUCGCAUCUUCUACUUGGUAGCAGACAGCGAGGAGGAGAUGAAUAAGUGGGUUCGUUGUAUUUGUGACAUCUGUGGGUUUAACCCUACAGAGGAAGAUCCUGUGAAACCACCAGGCUCCUUGCAGCCCUCAGCUGACUUCCCCUUAGCUGUAAGUACGUCGCCAGCCUCUAUGCCGAUAGACCUGUCCUCCAGCACUCUACCUCCUCCCUAUCAGCUAAUUAACCUACCACCACCUCUGGAGCCUCAUCCCCUUCAGGAUGAUCCCCAAGACUACCUCUUGCUCAUCAACUGUCAAAGCAAGAAGCUUGAACCCACAAGCCAAGGGUCCUCUUUUGUUUCUGAAGAAGGAGAGGAAUAUCUGCUUCUUGAAGACUUUGAAAGCAAAAAGAUCCCAUUGCUACCACACGCUGAUUCGGCAAAAUCCACCUCUUCAGAGACAGACUGCAACGAUAAUGUCCCUUCUCAUAAAAAUUCUGCUUCCUCUCAGAGCAAGCACACGGUGAACGGCUUUUUUCAGCAGCAAGCCAUGUAUGACCCCCUCCCCUCCCGAGCAGUCUCUGUUUCUAUUGACUCCAGCCUGUACAAUCUGCCGCGGAGCUACUCCCACGACGUCCUCCCCAAGACGGCGUCCCCGUCGAGUACCGAGGCCGAGGGAGAGCUCUAUGUCUUUAAUACGCCAUCCGGAACGUCCUCCCUCGAAACCCAAAUGAGACACAUCUCCAUCAGUUACGACAUCCCCUCCACGCCGGGGAGCACCUACCAGGUCCCCAGGACUUUCCCGGAGGGAGCUCUGGGCCAGACGUCCAAGCUGGAGACGAUCCCGGACGUUCCUCCGCCGCGGCCCCCGAAACCGCAUCCCGCUCAUGACCGAUCGCCUGUGGAAACCUGUAGCAUCGCACGCACGGCCUCCGAUACGGACAGCAGCUACUCCAUCCCCACGGCGGGGGUCCCGCCCUCCCGGAGCAAUACCAUAUCCACUGUGGAUCUGAACCGAAUGAGAAAAGAUGCUAGUUCUCAAGAUUCCUAUGAUAUUCCACGAACCUUUCCAAGCGACAGAUCUAGUUCACUUGAAGGCUUCCAUGCCCACCUUAAAAACAAGAGCAUAUUGCCAAUGGGGAGUGUAUCGAGUGAAGAAUUGGAUGAAAACUAUGUCCCAAUGAAUCCCAACUCUCCCCCACGACAGCAUUCCAGCAGCUUUACAGAGCCAAUUCACGAAGCCAAUUAUGUGCCAAUGACCCCAGGGACGUUUGACUUUUCAUCAUUUGGAAUGCAGGUCCCGCCUCCUGCUCACAUGGGCUUCAGGUCGAGCCCCAAAACGCCCCCCAGAAGACCGGUUCCUGUGACAGACUGUGAGCCCCCUCCUGUUGAUAGGAACCUCAAGCCAGACAGGAAAGGUCAAAGUCCUAAAAUUUUAAGACCUAAACCCCAUGGUUUAGAGCGAACUGAUUCACAAACCAUAGGUGACUUUGCUACAAGACGAAAGGUAAAGCCAGCACCACUGGAAAUUAAACCAUUGCCAGAAUGGGAAGAGCUCCAAGCCCCUGUGAGAUCUCCUAUUACUAGGAGUUUUGCUAGAGACUAUUCCAGAUUUCCUAUGUCUCCCAGACCGGACUCUGUUCAUAGCACUACUUCAAGCAGUGACUCCCAUGACAGUGAAGAGAACUAUGUGCCCAUGAAUCCAAAUCUAUCCAGUGAAGACCCAAAUUUGUUUGGCAGCAAUAGCCUGGAUGGAGGAAGCAGUCCAAUGGUAAAGCCUAAAGGAGACAAACAAGUGGAAUAUCUAGACCUAGAUUUAGAUUCUGGGAAAUCAACCCCUCCACGGAAGCAAAAGAGCAGUGUCUCCGGUAGCAAUGUGGCCGAUGAGAGAGUAGACUAUGUCGUGGUUGACCAGCAGAAGACCUUGGCCCUGAAGAGCACCCGAGAAGCCUGGACUGAUGGGAGGCAGUCUACUGAAACAGAAACUCCAACUAAGAGUGUCAAAUGAAGAUCCCUCUCUAGCUGCCUUCCAAGAACAGAAGAAACCAGAAUUCCCAAGAAAAUUCUUGGUAACAAAUGGUACAGAGCCACAUCCGCAGCAGUGUUUGACUGAAGAAGACUUGACUGGUCAACUCUGGGUAUUAACGGAGUUGAAGUCAGUGGACAUUUCAGACAAAAUCAAGCAAUUGAUGAUCCUAAAUGGUGCUUUGUGGUAUCUGAACAAAAUUUAAAAAUGUAAAUAACAUAGAAAAAUAGUAUUGUUUAGCUCCCAGAGAAACAUUUGUUCUCCAGUUAAUACAUUUGUAGUAUUACUAUAUUUAUGCACUUUUUCAGUUAAAAUAUGGGUUCAGGUAUCCCCAAAUAAUGUACCUUAACGCAGUUCUUUUGGGAGUUCUCAUUUUUCCUCACACUACUCUAAAUAACAAUUCUAGGUUAAUUAAGCUACAGAUAGAGUAGAAAUUGGUGGCUAAACUUCACUUGUCCAUUUUAAAGUGCAUUAGAAAUAGAUUCACAAUUUAAUCGACUACCUGAAACUUUAAGUGGUGAACAGUACUAUGCUACUGUUUUGUUUUUUUUAAUUUAAUGCAAAUCAUAAUUAUGGGCUUACCAUUUGCCCUCCUAACACAUAUGCUAUAAGUUAAUAAUAAUGAACCAUUCUGGAUUUAGGACCUACUAUUCUUCCUUAGACACAUUUAGUUUAGCAAUGGAAUUUCUAUCGUUCUUUUGUUUUUUGUUUUUUGUUAAUGACAGUGUUUGGGGUUCCUUGGGUGAAGAUUCUGCAGGGUAGGAUCUUGCACUUUUAAAAAACUCAAUAAUUAAAUCUCAAGUUAGCCUGCAAACCACUGAGGGCAUGCAGUAAUGUUGUGAUUCACAUUUAUUAACCUAUAUUGAUCUUUACAUUAUUUACAAAAGGUAGAAAGUAUAUAAAUAAUCAGGUACGUACAGAGCACAGCUGUGCUAAUCACACUGAUCAGGUUUAGACAGUGAGCUUUUAGUCUUAUGUAGAAGUCCUGGUAUUUGGUUUCCAACUUGAAAUUAAUGGGACAGUUGACAUUCACUGUUAGUA